GGCGGAGCUGUUUCGAGGCCUUCGUGCCCGGAGAAGAGCAGCAUUCCCCGGACCCUGCCCCUGCCCCAGCCCCAGCCCCAGCCCCAGCCGCCUCCGCGCAUUGAGUUUGCCCCUUUGUUCAAACUCUACCUGCCGCACCACGGUGCUGUGAACAUCCGCCCUGGGCGUAGAAGGAGACUGGUCUCCUCCACCCGCUCCUCCCCCACCCAUGACCCCGGAGGGGUCCUGGCAGCCCGGACCUAGGACGUGACUGACCCAGGUCGAGGGCUGAUGUCCCGGGGACCCAUCUGAAGCCGUCUACCACCCCAGCGGGGUUGUGCCUUGGACUUUGGGCGAGGGGAGCCAGUGAGGAACCGUAGUACCCAUGGAGAAAAUGGCCCGGGUCACCACGGCCCUGGGGGGCAAUACCCUGACGGGCCGCACCAUGUACUGCCACCUGGAUGCCCCAGCCAACGCCAUUAGCGUGUGUCGCGAUGCGGCUCAGGUGGUGGUGGCCGGCCGCAACAUCUUCAAGAUCUACGCCAUCGAGGAGGAGCAGUUUGUGGAGAAACUGAACCUGCGCGUGGGCCGCAAGCCCUCCCUGAACUUCAGCUGUGCCGACGUCGUGUGGCACCAGAUGGACGAGAACCUGCUGGCCACGGCGGCCACCAACGGCGUAGUAGUGACCUGGAAUCUGGGCAAGCCCUCCCGCAACAAGCAGGACCAGCUGUUCACCGAGCACAAGCGCACGGUCAACAAGGUGUGCUUCCACCCCACCGAGGCCUACAUGCUGCUCAGUGGCUCCCAGGACGGCUACAUGAAGUGCUUUGACCUCCGCAAGAAGGACUCGGUCAGCACUUUCUCCGGUCAGUCAGAGAGUGUACGUGAUGUCCAGUUCAGUAUCCGUGACUACUUUACCUUUGCUGCCACCUUUGAGAAUGGCAAUGUGCAGCUCUGGGAUAUCCGGAGGCCAGACCGGUAUGAAAGGAUGUUCACUGCUCACAAUGGCCCUGUCUUCUGCUGUGACUGGCACCCUGAAGACAGGGGCUGGUUGGCCACAGGGGGACGGGACAAGAUGGUAAAAGUGUGGGACAUGAAUACAAACAGGGCCAAAGAAAUCUACUGUGUGCAGAGCAUUGCCUCAGUGGCUCGUGUCAAGUGGAGGCCAGAAUGCAAGCACCAUCUGGCUACCUGUUCGAUGAUGGUGGACCACAAUAUCUAUGUGUGGGAUGUGCGACGGCCCUAUAUUCCCUCUGCCAUGUUUGAAGAGCAUCGAGACGUCACAACCGGCAUUGUGUGGCGCCACCUUCAUGACCCCUACUUCCUGUUGUCAGGCUCCAAGGACAGUACCCUCUAUCAGCACAUUUUCAAAGAUGCAAGCCAGCCCAUCGAGCGGGCCAACCCUGAAGGCCUGUGCUACGGGCUAUUUGGGGACCUGGCAUUUGCAGCCAAGGAGAGCUUGGUGACAGCUGACUCAAACCGCAAGCCUUACCCAGGUGACCGGCGCCACCCCAUCUUCUUCAAGCGCAAGCUGGAUCCCACAGAGCAGUUUGAGUCGGUGUCAUCCAGUGCUCUAAGUGUCUUUGAGACAGAGCCAGAUAGCAGCAGCAUGGGCUGGUUUGUAGACACAGCCCGGCGCUAUGCUCUGGCUGGCAGGUCCUUGGCUGAGCUCUGUGAUCACAAUGCCAAGGUUGCCAAGGAGCUGAGCCGAAACCAGGUUGCUCAAACGUGGACCAUGCUGAGAAUUAUUUACUGCAGUCCUGGCACCAUGCCCUCUGCUAACCUGAACCACAGCAUUGGGAAGGGCAGCGCCAGCCUUCCACUUAUGAAUAGCUUCAGCCUGAAGGACAUGGCCUCUGGAAUGGGGAAUGAGGCCCGACUGGAUCGGAGCAAAGGGGAAAACCGAAGCGAGAACAUCCUGCUGGAUUCUUCUACCACCCUCAUCACUAAUGACGAGAACGAGGAGACAGAAGGCAGCGACGUUCCUGCUGACUACCUCCUGGCCGAUGUAGAGGGCGACGAAGACGAGCUGUACCUGAUGGAUCACGAGAAUGCCCACACGGAGGAGCCGGAGUACGUGCUGCCCCAGGAAGCUUUCCCCCUGCGCCAUGAGAUCGUGGACAAUCCCUCUGGUCCUGACCACCUGCAAGACAAGGCCGACUCACCCCAUGUGAGUGGUAAUGAGGCAGAGACGGUGUCCCUGACCCCCGUGGAGUCCUUCUCGCUUAUUUCCAUCUCCCACACGCUCUACGAGAGCCGCCUGCCUCCUGACUUCUUCAGUGCGCUGGUGCGGGACAUGCUGCGUUUCUAUGCUGAGCAGGGGGAUGUACAAAUGGCCGUGUCUGUGCUGAUCGUGUUGGGCGAGCGCAUCCGGAAGGAGAUUGAUGAGCAGACUCAGGAGCACUGGUACACCUCCUACAUUGAUCUGCUCCAGCGAUUCAGGCUCUGGAACAUAUCUAACCAAGUGAUCAAGCUGAGCACCUGUCGAGCCAUCACCUGUCUGAACCAGGCGUCCACUACCCUGCAUGUCAACUGCAGCAACUGUAAGAGACCCAUGAGCAACAAGGGCUGGAUCUGUGACAGAUGCCGACAAUGUGCCAGUACCUGUGCUGUGUGCCACCAUGUCGUGAAGGGUCUGUUUGUGUGGUGCCAGGGCUGCAGCCAUGGCGGUCAUCUCCAGCAUAUCCUCAAGUGGCUGGAGAGCAGCACACAAUGUCCUGCAGGCUGCGGCCACCUCUGUGAGUACACCUGAGCUGCCCCAGAGGAGCUGCCAGCAGCACCAGCUGUCAACCCAGGCCUGGCACAAGACUGCCAAGCCAUGCCAUGAGCUACUUCUGCCUCUGGCUCUCUUCUUCAGAAGGAAAGACGAAUUCCUGUCAUCUGUUCCUCCCUUCAAGACUGAACUCUGCCAGCAAGUCAUGGCUUCUCUCCAGUCUCAGUUUCCCUAUCUGUAACAAUUGCAGAGCUGUUGUGAGAAAAGCACUUUAUAAAUAUGAGUUGUUGUUACUGUA